AAAAGCACAUAACGGCAACACAGCACACAGCUUCUCCUUCAUUAUCAUUAUUAUCGUCUCCCUCUUGUCUACCCCUAUAAUUCUUAUUUAUUUUUCCUAAAAUUGAAAAAAGCAAACCCACCAGUCCUUCAUAAAUACAUAAAUAUAAUACACUCACAAAAAAAUUUUUAAAAAAAAUCCGCCAACAAAAAGAAAAAUGAAAAGAGAAUACUUAAAACCAAAUACUACAACUUCAUACCCAAACAUGUUCCCCAAAUUCUCUCCCGGUCGUCACCCUUUCUCUCCUCACUUCCCCCUCCGCGAUGCCGACCACGAUGAUGCCUCCUCCUCUGGGGCCGCGGCCGCCGCCGUUGCUCUGCAGGAUAGGCCGAGCACUGGAGACGGUGCCAGCAUAGAGGUGGCACGCCGGCCCAGGGGCAGGCCUCCGGGGUCGAAGAACAAGCCGAAGCCACCCGUUGUGAUCACACGGGACGCACCGGUGGAGCCUGCCAUGAGCCCAUACGUCCUGGAAGUUCCUGGCGGUACUGAUGUCAUCGAUGCCAUCUCUCGGUUCUGUCGCCGCAAGGGCAUCGGUCUCUGCAUCCUCACAGGCUCAGGUACAGUAGCCGAUUUCACAAUCCGCCAACCCACAUCGACGCCGGGAGCCACAGUGACCUUUCACGGAAGGUUCGAGAUCCUCUCAAUAUCCGCCACUUUCCUUCCCAAUGCGAUGCCGUUUCAGGUCCCCAACGCGUUCAAGAUCUCCCUAGCGGGCCCUCAGGGGCAGGUCUUUGGUGGGGCCGUGGUGGGGCCUCUCAUUGCCGCUGGGCCCGUAUUCUUGAUUGCCGCGACUUUCAAUAGCCCAGCCUACCACCGCUUACCAGUGGCGGACGACGAUGGGAACAGCUCAGUCUCAGGAAGCGGUAGCCGGGCAGAGGGGCAGUCGCCGCCCGUUUCUGGCAGCGGAGACCAUGGUGGAGCGCCGCAGACAGCGGCUGAAUCUUGUGGGAUAUCAAUGUACAGCUGUCAUUUGGGGUCGGAUGUCAUGUGGGCCCCAACUGCAAGGCCCGGCCAGCCUCCUCCCGAUUAAUAAUUCUUCUCCGAGGGUUUACUUUGGAUUCAAUUUGUUGAAUGGCUCAUGGCUGGUUUCUUUAGGUCAGACCGACAUAAAUUUUUUCACUGAGCUCACGAGGUGUUUGUAUUAGAGUUCGUUUUCCCUUUGGUCAUUUGGACUGCGAAGUUUGACUCUGAUUCUUUCAAGUUUCAUUUCUUUAAAGAAACAAACAGCUGUCUUUAGGUUUCAGACCAAACCGGGGUGUCUCUGCAGUGUGCAGACAUAUGUUAAUAUACAGAUUUUGCAAGACUGGACCAACAUUAGACAU